AUGGAGUAUUUUCAAAGCGUUUUGUAUUUGCUCGUGACUGUCAUCCCUGGAGGAGGUUUCACGACAGUAGAUUACACUGGGACGGAAUUCCUCAUCACCUUCACCCGGAACUUGUAUAGCACCGGCGCCCUCUACGUCCGGCUGUCAGCGGAACGGAAUGCUAGUGUGACGAUACAGAACAAUCUCUUAGUCACAUCCACAAGCAUGUUCGUGCCGGGUGGCACGUCGGUUCAAGUCUCGCUUCCCGACAAUACACUAAGGUAUUCCAGUGACCUGGCUGUCGAGCAGAAAUCAUUGUACAUAUCAUCGACAUCACCAAUCAGUGUGCAUACCCUCAACUAUUACAAAAUAUCAACAGACGGGUACCACGCUAUACCGGUGAAAGCCCUGUCUACAGAGUACAUAACUGUUUCGUAUCCUGUUGCCGGAAACAACGAUGGGAGGAUAGUGGUCGCUGCCGUAGAAGAUGAUACGGUAGUUAAAAUCAACUUCAAACUGGCAGACGGUGGUACGUGUAGCGGUUCCCAGCUGGGAAAUGGUCAGGAAGGAUCGUACUCGUUGAAUCGUUAUGACGUCAUCGGCACGGCCUGCACGGGCGACUUUACCGGAACAAUCGUCACGAGCAACAAACCAAUCACAGUGCUCGUUGGUCAUAAAUGCGCCAAAGUUCCCUUGAGUAAAGACGGCUGCGACAAGCUGGAGGAAAUGCUGCCCCCGACACAGACCUUUGGCAACUCGUUUGUUCUCCACCACCUCGGUGGAAGAGAUACGGGUGCUUUAUAUCGCAUCGUUGCCAAGGACAACGACACGACUGUGAACAGCAGCAAUGGACAGACAUUUUCCAUCAACAGGGGUGAUUUCGUUGAACUCGAUACUCUUCUUACUGGUCAGCUGUGCAUUACUUCUACCAGACCAGUUUUGGUUGUUCUAAUCGCCAAAGGAAAACAUGCCGGCGACAAUGUAGGAUUGGGAGACCCUUUCCUCUCUAUUGUACCAUCAACCAGGCAGUACCUACCCAAGACGUUUGUUAGCUACCAGAUGGAUUUACCCAUCCCAGUGAAGUACUAUGUUACAGUCGUUGUCCAGAAGGAUGACGUUGCUGGUUUAAGCACGAGCGUGAACUUCGUGUUUGUUAACAUACCCUCGUGUGACUACGUCGUGGCGACAGUGGAACAGACGUCGAAGACUCUGACUGUCAACACCGGCAGCAGCGUCCCAGUUGGAAUCAUGACGUACGGUUUGGGAGUCAACGAUCCCGUUGGUUUCGGAUAUCCUGUUGGCAUGGCGUUAGAUAUUGAUGAAUGUCUAAGCGGCCCAUGUUUGAACAACGGAACGUGUCAAGACGGCAUCUACUCUUACAACUGUGUGUGCAGCGACACCUUCACGGGCAUCCUCUGUGAAACAGCAUUGACGGCUGACGAAUCUUCCUCAUUUAAAGAAGAAUUCAGCACUAAAAGCUUUUAUAGGGAAGAGAGCACCAACAUAGAUCUGGGCGUGUCCUUAACAUCUCAAAAAUCGACAACUGAUAUAACACAGACACUAGAAUCGUCUGGCACAUACAGCUAUGGUGACUCUGAUCUUCUUUCUACGGAAUUUCAAACACUGAACACACCAUCUCCAAAAUCUGAACAGACGAUUUUGAAAGUAUCAUCAAAUAAUCUGCCCGAGAAUACUAACAUGGCGACAAGCUUCUACAGUUCCGUCGAUAUCACCGAUUCUCAAGCAAUAUCUGUUUCCCAGAAUCAGACGAUCUCUGUUUCGCCAAGUACAAUUAAUGCUGUUUCACUGAACCAGAUUCUAUCAAUUUCGCCAAGUACAAUUUCAGCGGUUUCUGAGAAUCAAAUCCUAUCUAGUUCGUUAAAUACAUUUUCUGCUGAUUCUCAAAACCAGAUAGUAUCUGUUUCAACAAGUACAAUUUUUGCUGUUUCUGAGAAUCAAAUCCUAUCUAGUUCACCAAAUACAGUUUCUACUGAUUCUCAGAACCAGAUAAUAUCUAUUUCGCCAAGUACAAUUUCAGCUGUUUCUGAGAAGAAUGUAAUAUCGGUGUGUUCAUGCUCGUGCCGCGGACAGUCUACACAAACCCAGGAUUCUGUGUCACAGUACACAGAACAGAUUAGAGUGAACCUUACUGUGGACACGACUACUCUGGGGAAGACGAUUCGGAAGUACAUCAGCGUGCACGACGACAGGCCGUCAGCGCAAGCUGUAGGGGCCGUAGGACUUUUGUUCGUAUUUAUCGUAGUGUGUUUUAUUGUCCUUCCAGACGUUUUGUCAACCUUCAGCCAUAUCCACCGGAUUGUUACUGAAAGAAAUUCUAAUAUUCAAAAGUAAAGGACAUUAAAUUUCAAAGAAAGGGAUUUCUGGGUAAAUACACCGUAGCAUGAUAUUAUUCAAUCAGCUGCUAUUGUGUGUUAGAUGCAGACACUUGUGACACCUAGUUCAGACUGAUAGAGACGAAACGCAUUACUCAAUAAACGCUAUUCGUAUUACUGCUUGUAAGGUAACUGUUGUAAAAUAAUGGUUUAACAUGAGUCAUUUAGUCGAUCGAACGUUGGCAAACCACCCUACCGCUGAGCUGCAAGCCGCCCCUGCAAAUUGGUCUAAUGUGCUUUAAUCUACAAAUCACUCUUUGUCUUUCCCGGAUGUGAUGGCAUGUACUUAUAGCAAGAUACCACUAAUUACUUACGGCCUCAGUGGUUUAUUCCUUAAGCCAUAUUAUGAAAAAACCCCUAGCACACUUAAAUUCAAAGAACUGUUUAAUUGUAAUAGCAUGUGCACCCUCUGUAAAAUGUCAAAAUUCAUUUCUGAAAUUACAAGUAAAUUCAGUAAACCAUAGACAGACAUCUCCAAUAUCAUUUGAUAGUUUUAAAAAUAUUGACUUGUAAACAUCUUUCUGCUUUAUUUGAUUAUCUUGUCACCAUGUGUCUCCAUUUUGAAAUGUGUAUAUAGCUAUUUUGAAUUAUGUUUGUAUAUAGUCAAUGAAGAACUCCUGUUGUCGUGAUGCCACUGUAAAUACCCGCUGCACAGUAAUUCCUCAUGUGCUGUCGUUUGACGGCCUGGGUGUACCGAAAUAAAGUUUCAAGACUUAAGGCUGGUACUAGGUCCGCAUCCCGGUACCAGCUCCCAUCAAGACUUAGAUGGUAGGUGUAAUGCCACUACACCCACUUCUUACUCACCAAUCACUAACUCCCUAUCCUAGACAGACAGCCCAAAUAGUUGGUUUGUGUGCCCAGGAUAUCGUGCUUGAAUCUUAAUUGGAUAUGAGCACGAAAGUAAAUUACAAUUGAAAAUGAACAAAAUGUUGUCAGUUGAAAACAAAACAGGCCUUCUUUUUCGUGGACUUGGUCAGUUUAGUAAAACAUGCCUCAGUUAUUUUAGCCAACCAUUGUGCUCUCUCUCUCUCUCUCUCUCUCUCUCUCUCUCUCUCUCUCUCUCUCUCUCUCUCUCUCUCUCUCUCUCUCUCUCUCUCUCUCUCUAAUAUUUUAUUGUCUAAAGGUGUUUGAUACUUUAAAUGUCUAACAUACAUGUAUACUAUUUAUUUAGCGUCAAAAUAUAUGAAGUUAUGUUUAUGUAAUUUGGUUACCAUCAUUAUUUCUGUAAAUAUGUCUAAUACUUGAUGUUGUGUAUUCCGCCAGUAACUCGUGGCUUCAUGCUAACCUAAACUGACGACAACCUUAUUUGAAAUAAUUGUUUCUUUUUUGUUUAUAUCUAUUGAACUGAUAUAAUAAAAAUUACCUAAGCUCAAUUUUAUUUACAUUUGGGUCAUUUUCGAGUGGCUACAUUAUAUAAAAAAGAGUUAAGAUGUAAGAAGAUUAUAUUGUUAUCUUUAAAUAAAUGCAUAUAAAAUAAACUAUUAAAUAAAUGCAUGUUGGUAUGACUGUAAGGUAUGA